UGAUCUAAUGAAGUUACUGCACGAUCUUCCAUCUCCCAACAAUGAAACCGUUGAAUAAAAAAAAAGCCAAUUUUCCUCCACCCCUUAACCACUCACCAAAAAAUCCCCUCUCUCUCUCUAACCUCAGAGAGAGUACAAGAAAAGGAAGGAGGAAAAAAAGGGAGGUAGCUACGAACUCUCUUUCACCAAACACACACCAGUAAUGGAGUCUAUCAGAAAAACCCUCGAAGAAGAAAACCCGCAUUGCUGAAAUUACUGCAAUGGGUAAGGCGGAGGACGAGCAGUCUCAGCCGAGUACACCACUUGAUGCUCGGGGUACAACCCCAGCUGCAGGGAGCAGCAAUGGCUGCUGCUUAGGCUGCACUAGGCUGCGGAAGUCGGUGACCUUUAGAUGCGUCUUUGUUUUGUUGCUCGGCGUAGCAGUGUUGCUGUCGGCCGUUUUUUGGCUGCCAUUUUUUCGGUUCAGAGAUCGUCAAGAUCCGGAUCUGGAUUAUGCAGGUUACGAUAUAGUGGCGAGUUUUAUGCUGAGCAAGCCAGCAUCUUUUCUCCAAGAUCAUGUCUUGCGACUCGAGGGUGACAUUUUUGAUGAGAUGAGCUUCCCCUCAGUUAAAGUAGAAAUAAUAUCCGCGAAACCAUCAGCUGAACCAAACAGAACAAGAGUUGUGUUUGCAGUCGAAUCAGAUUUGACAAGCCAAAGUUUAAUCAGAGACUCCUUCAUGUAUCUAAUUUCGCGCCAAUCAGUUCUUCAUUUGACGGCAUCUUUGUUUGGGGAUCCAUUCUCCUUUGAGGUGCUCAAAUUUAGAGGAGGCAUCACUGCUAGUCCCGAACAGAAAGCGUUCCUCAUGCAAAGUGGGCAGAUCCUUUUCAACUUCACCCUAAACUUCUGCAUCGAUCAAAUCCUAAACAAUUUCGAUGAACUUAGGAGCCAACUGAGGAUGGGCUUAGAUCUGGCUCCAUAUGAGAAUUUGUAUAUAAGCCUGACCAACUUUAAGGGUUCAACAAUCGAUCCUCCAACAACAGUGGAGUCGAAAGUUCUCUUGGCAGUGGGUAUUAACUUCUCAAAAUCAAGAAUAAAGCAGCUGGCUCAAACUAUAACCAGAUCUCAUUCCAAGAAUCUUGGUCUGAAUAACACUGUGUUCGGACGGGUGAAGCAGGUUCGUCUUUCAUCUAUUCUGCAGCACUCACUUGGUAGUGAAGGCAGUGGUCCAUCUCCAUCACCAUCUCCUGCUCCAUCUCCGUUGCCGCGCUCCCAUCUUCACCACCACCCCCACCACCAUCACCCCUACAGUCCUAUGGCCAGUCCUGCUCCUCACAUUCCACCUUCACCAUCAACAGGACACCAUAAAUCAGCAACUGGGAGAGGACCGCCUGCGUUUACACCCGUGCCUGCACCAGCACCAGCACCAGUACCAGUAAAAAAUAAAGCAGCACCACCUCCAGCUUGUCAUUUUGGCAAUGGUAAUAAGUUCCCUUGGAAGCACAAUAAACACCCUCGCUCGGCUCCUUCUUCUGCGCCAGGCUAUGCACCAAAUGCAGCUCCGUCACAACCAAGACAUACAGACUCCCCACCUCCGAAAUUGUCUCUGGCUCCAGCGCCAAGUCCACGUCACGUAGCGUAUAUUCACAGCCACCCCCCAUCGAAGAGUGAAGUUCGUGCAAGGCCAUUGGACAUAAUGGUUUCACCCUCACCAUCUCCAUCCUCUACAGGUAUCACCGGCUCGAGUGUACAGGCUCUACUGCUGCUUGCAUUAGUGAUGUUUCUUCUUCCGUAGCUGCAGGAGAAUGAGAAGCAUAAGUUUAAGGCUGGGGUCGCGAUGGGCUUAAGAUUUGCUUGUGCAAGGAAUUUUGGUGGCGUGAGUGAGGCCAUGGCUCAAGACGGAGUGCAGAUAAGUUGUGCUGUGGUUUGUAAAUAUUUUGAUUGAAAAUUCGAGCGGCCAAACCCAUCUAAGGUCAAAGUCACAGAGGUGACAGGCCGGUGAUGAAAUGCGCUGCCGCCGAUUUGUGUAUGAAUAUCUCUUCUGCUUAAGUUUAAGGAGGGAAAUUUCCACAAAUGUAAAAACAUCACCCCUUUUUUUUUGGUUUCUUUAAAUAUUUUACUUAUAUAUCAUAAUUCAUAAUCCAAGAUCCUAAUGGUCCA